UUCGUGGAGCGCUGGGAGGAGAGGGGGUUUGGUGUGGAAGCAGCAGAAAUGGCCAGUAAAGUGUUGGAUCUGUUAUACUGGCGGGAUGUGGGGACCACCGGGCUGGUGUUUACAGGUUUGGUUGUGGGUUUGGCUUGUUUGUUCCAGCUCAGUGCCAUCACGAUCCUUUCCAACCUCGGUUUGGGCAUCAUGGCCUUCACCCUCUCUAUACGCUUACUCUACAAAGCCAUGACGCUUGUCCGCCUCAGUGAUGGAUCUCAUCCCUUUCAGUCAUAUUUGGAUGAGGACUGUACGCUGACAGACGAGGACACAGUUCGCAUGGCGGAACAAAUCGUUCUGCUGAUUGCUACGGCUGUCACCGAGUUGAAGAGGCUGUUCUUCAUCGAUAGCAUCAUGGACUCAGUGAAGCUUGUUGUGUUCCUGUAUUUGUUGACUUAUGUUGGGGUCCAAGCCAAUGGUCUCACGCUGGUUAUGACAGGUGUGAUAUGUGCUUUCUCUCUGCCACUCUUGUACAGACUUCAACAGGCAAGGAUUGACAAGAUUGUCAAAGCCAUCAAAAAACUUGUGGAAAAAGUCACUGAAAUAGUUGAUCUUGUGAUUUCUCUGGCCAAGCCACCUCCAGCCCCAGCACCUUCCCCUGCCCCUGCCCCCACACCAAAACAUAAACAGAAGACUAAAUGAAGAGGAGGAAGAGAGAGAGAAAGAUGGGGGUGAGGAGCAGAAACGUGGAGUACACUGAACAAACAAAGUCUUAUGGUGCAGCUGUGGUCCGGUGUGUUCAGCAGGGUCAGGGGUUUGGGGUUAUGAACGAGUGUUAUGUUUUACACUACGUUUCAUAUGGUGCUAGGAGAAUCUUCAAUAGGACUUCAGUGAAGAGAAGUCCAGGUGUAUGCUUAUUGUAUUCAUUUAACACAAACUUUCAAACGACAUACAGCUGUGUAAUAUUUAUUAGGUCAUUUUGCCCAACAAGGUUGUUUUUUUUUUUACAGACUUUCAUGGAAAAAGUUGAAUCUAUUGGCAGCUGCUAGUAUGUUUUUGUCCACUAGAGGGUACAAUGACACAAUACAAUCAUAGCAGUUCUGGGUCAGGACAGAAUGUUGCAGAAAUUCUGUCAUGUAAAUUUGUUUAAACUGGUCUAAAAUUACAAUUACCAAUAGGAUCAUGCUUGUAAUUUGGGUUUUAAUAUUUAAUAGUGAAUGUUUCAUGUUACAAAGCAAUCCAAAAUUAAUUAAUAAGUUAUUUUAAAACGUGUUUUGCUUCCCUGACUUUGCAGAUAUUUUGUGCAACAUGUCCCCCCAGUAAACACAUGUUUUCAAUGUCA